AUGAUGAAUCGAAGCCAUUGUUAUUGCUUUUAUGGUAUUAUUACCAUCUUGUUCUCCUUCCUAUUCCACACCUUUGCUUCUCCUCCGCAACACUUUUGCCGCCAUGACCAACGGGAUGCUCUUUUGGAGUUCAAAGACGAGUUUACGACCGAACAGUUUUUCAUAUUCAUCAGUUCGUGGAAUAAGAGCACCGAUUGCUGUUUUUGGUAUGGUGUCAGGUGCGACCAUAGAUCUGGCCAGGUGAUAUCACUCGACCUAAGUCUUGUCAUUUUCCUCAACAGCUCUUUGAAAACUACCAGUAGCCUUUUUAAACUCCAAUAUCUUCGUCACCUAAACCUUAGGAAUUGCAAUCUCCAAGGAGGAAUUUCUUCUUCACUAGGAAACCUCUCUCGUCUCACAUUUCUUGACCUUUCUUGGAAUCAAUUUGUAGGUGAGAUUCCAGCUUCAAUAGGCAAUCUAAACCAACUAAGAAACCUUAGCCUUUGGCAUAACCAUCUCACAGGAGAAAUUCCUUCUUCACUAGGAAACCUGUCUCGUCUUUUAGAUCUUCAACUUUGGGAUAAUGAUUUGGUAGGUGAAGUUCCUGCUUCCAUCGGAAACCUAAAGGAGCUACGAGUCAUGUGGCUUAACCAAAACAGCUUAAGUGGCAAUAUUCCUACUUCCUUUGCCAAUUUAACCAAGGUUUUUGAUUUUAGCAUCAGCUCUAAUAACUUCACAUCAUCAUCCACGCUUACAACCGACAUGAGUGGAUUCCACAGCUUGGAGGGUCUUGAUGUUAGUGACAACUCAUUUCUUGGACCUUUCCCUAAAUCCUUGUUCUCGAAUCAUUCGUUACUAUGGGUUGAUGUGGGAGGAAACCAGUUCACAGGACCUAUAGAGUUUGGGAAUACAUCUUCUUCAUCAUCAUCUAAGCUUCGUGAUCUUUUCCUUUGGAAUAACAGAUUUGACAACGGCCCAAUUCCAGAAUCCAUAUUUGAACUUCUCAACCUCAGAUCAUUAAGUCUUAGCCAGAACAAAUUCACUGGUCCAAUCCCUAGCAGUUUUGGAAAAUCUUCACAAGAAACAGUGAUGGAACAGUUGGAUCUGAAUUGGAAUUCAUUCCGAGGACCAUUUCCACAUUGGAUAUGCAUGCUUAAAGAGUUACACAUCUUGGACUUGUCCAACAAUCUCUUCAACGACUCCAUUCCUCCAUGUUUAAGGAAUCUCACUUUUAGUUUGAGACAGCUAAUUUUGCGGAACAACAGUUUCAGUGGAACUCUUCCAGAUAUAUUUGACAAUGCUAGCUUGUUAAGAUCAUUCGACGUAAGUCGCAACCAGCUGGAGGGGAAGUUUCCGAUGUCAUUGAUCAAUUGCGGAUAUCUGGAACUUGUGAAUGUGGAAAGCAACAAAUUCAGAGACGAGUUUCCAUCAUUACAUGUUCUCAGCCUCAGAUCAAACGAGUUCUAUGGGCCGCUGUAUCAACCACACGUGUCCAUUGGGUUUGAGAGUUUAAGAGUCAUUGAUAUUUCUCUCAAUGAUUUCACUGGAACUCUCCCAUCUUACUAUUUUUCCGACUGGAGUGCAAUGACCAUGACCACAUUUAUCGACGGAAUUUGGGAGUACAUGCAAGAUUAUGUGAACUCUUUUGUUAUUUAUCGCUCAAUAGAAAUGGUGAAUAAAGGAGUCGAUGCGAGGUUUGAGCGGAUCCGACAAGACUUCAGAGCCAUUGAUUUUUCUGGAAAUGGCUUCUUGAAGGAAUUACGUCUUCUCAACUUGUCCCGUAAUGCAUUCACAAUCAAUAUCCCACGGUUCUUGUCAAAUUUGACAAAUCUCGAGACAUUAGACCUAUCCCGGAACAAGCUGUCAGGUCAAAUCCCUCAAGAUCUUGACAAACUCUCCUUUUUGUCAUGCAUGAACUUCUCCCAUAACCUUCUCCAAGGCCCAGUGCCCCGAGGCACACAGUUUCAAAGGCAGAAAUGUUCUUCAUUCACGGACAAUCCUAGACUCUACGGUCUCGAAGAUAUCUGUGGAGAAGCCCAUGUUCCGAGUCCUACAGCAUCACAACAACACCCCGAGGAAUUGUCAGAAGAGUCGGAGGAAGAAAUGUUCAACUGGGUAGCAGCUGCAAUAGCCUAUGGACCUGGUGUAUUCUGUGGAUUGGUGAUCGGAUAUAUCUUCACUUCACACAAUCAUGAGUGGUUCACAGAAAAGUUUGGUCGAAGAAAACUAAGAGUCACCACAAGAGCUCGUUAA